AUGUUCUUUAUCAAAAGGUCUUUAGAAGCUAACCGAUUGCAAGUUAUUGAAAGUGGACCUUUUGAUUUCCUAAAAAGUCUAAAGCAACUGACACUUCGAUCAAAUGCAUUGACAAGCAUUCAACCCAAAGCUUUUUGUAUGUUGCAAAAGUUACAACAUUUAAUUCUAGACAAUAAUCGCCUUAAAACCAUGUCUGAGGGUGAUUUUGGUUGUCUGUUAAAUCUGGAAAGUUUACGGCUGAAACAUAAUGCAAUAUCUACAAUUGAAACUAACUCCUUGUGCGGUUUAGAAUCACUUGUUCGUCUAAAUUUGAAGGGCAAUCGCCUAAAAGUUGUUAAAAACGAAAGUUUGGCUUGUCUGUCAUCAUUGGAAGACAUAUACCUUGAAUAUAAUGUUAUCGAAGACAUUGAGCCUAAUUCUUUUCGAAAUCUGACUAAACUUCGCAUGCUAAAAUUAGAACAAAAUUCAAUCACCAAUAUAGAACCGUAUUCAUUUUGUGGAAUGCCUAAGGUAUGGGAGCUAAGUAUACACAAUAACGACAUUGAAUUUAUCGAAAGCGAAACAUUCUGCCCAAUGCGUUAUUUGGAAAAAUUAAAUUUGAAUAACAAUAAAUUACCGAAAUUAUCCAAUGGUAGCCUUGCAUGUCUUUCUCAAUUGACAGAAUUCUCCCUCUCAGGUAACGAUCUGAAGCAUAUACAACGUGAUCUUGUUAGAGGCUUAACUAAGCUUCAAGAGUUUCAGGCUUCUCUAAAUAAACUGGUUUCAAUUGAAGAUGGUACAUUUUGUGAUUUUAGACACUUGAAAACUUUGAGAUUAGAUCGCAACAAAUUAUCACAUGUUCACCCUCAAACCCUGUGUGCUCCAAGUUUACAGAGAGUAGUUAUGGAUAACAACAACAUAUCCAAACUUCCCACUAAAGUAUUUAAAUCAAUGAAAGUGACUUUGACGCUACGACUAGCUUUCAAUAACAUCUCUUCCAUCAAUGAUACUGCAUUCGAAGAUCUCUACAAUCUAACUACUUUAGAUUUGACAGACAAUAAAUUGAAAAGGUUCAGCUCUACAAUUUCUUCGCCGUUAGUCAAUCUGCAAGACUUAAAUUUAAACGAAAACGAAAUUCAGCGGUUAAAUGCCGGUCAAUUUAAGCAUUUACAAAAUCUAAAAGCUUUACGCUUGCGAACAAAUGCUAUAUCGUAUAUUCACGAAAAUGCAUUUAUAGGCCUAAAUAAACUACAAUUUCUAAAUAUCUCUUCUAAUAUGCUGUCUAAUAUUGAUAUGAAGGCACUAGAACCGCUCUCAGAGUUACAGUCGUUAAUUCUGCAAGAUAACAAAUUACAGAAGCUAGAUUUUAUAGGAAAGCUAUCCCAACUUCUUAUACUAUCUGUAGCAUCUAAUCACAUUCACAGAGUAAAUUCUGACCACUUUAAGAACUUACGAAGUCUCGAAGAAUUGUAUUUGAUUAAUAAUAGAAUCAAAUCCUUGCAAAAUAAACCGUUUUCAAGAUACCGAAAUUUAAGAAUUCUUGAUUUAAGCGGUAAUGAAAUAAAACUGUCUGUGCAAGAUGAUUUGGGAUUAACGUUUCUUGAAAAACUAGAUUUGGCAAAAAAUAAAAUUUCAAAUCUGACUUGCUCAGGAUUACCUCCAGUACUUAGAUCUUUAAUACUAGCGCAUAAUAAUAUCAAGAAGUUUGACCGUAAUUGUGAUGGUUUAUUCUUCCAAAUUAAUAAAAUUAAAUCGUUUGCAAGUAUUAUAAUUGCGGUUAGAGUUUACUUAGAAAUUUGA